CGCGAAGGAAACUUCUCAGGAGUCAGAGCGACCCGGUGGAGGGCUGUGAAGUGGGGCGGCCCGAGAAUCCUUGAACUUCAAGGCUACGGGGAAGUCGGGGAAGGGAAACUGGGGGUGUCCAAGGCAGCCAGCCGUUUGCAAGACUUCAACGCUCCCAACUCUUCCCCUCUGCCGGCCCAGACCUGACGCGGGUUCGGCGGCCGAACCAGGGAACAGCCAGGGCGUCUGGGCAGGAGGGAGGAGGGCCGGGCCUGGAGGAAGGAGUCCGAGGCUGCCGCCGCCCCGCCCGUCGGGCUGUCCGCCCCGCCUACCCGAGCGAGGCGGAGCCGGCGCCCGCCCGGAGGAGCAGCAGGAGGAGAGGUCGGAGUCGUCUCCAGGAGCCCUUAGAGACAGAGUCCCCGGCAGCGGCGGUGACGGCAGGGGCAGCGCACCGGCAGGCGAAUUUAUUCCAUCACCUAAAAACCUGGUAACGGUGGGCCACACAGAGUCUUACUGAUUUCAGGUGAAACCGUAACUGAAGAUGUCGACCAAGACAGCCAGCACCAACAACAUCGCCCAGGCAAGAAGGACUGUGCAGCAGUUGAGAAUGGAAGCCUCCAUCGAAAGAAUAAAGGUUUCAAAGGCAUCAGCGGACCUCAUGUCCUACUGCGAGGAACAUGCGAGGAAUGACCCUCUGCUGAUGGGGAUACCAACUUCAGAAAACCCUUUCAAGGAUAAAAAGACCUGCAUCAUCUUAUAGAGGAGUAGUGAAGUGGUUCCUCCCCUCUUCUCAACAAAGCAAACGAUGAGCAGCUCCUUGAAAAGAUUUACCUUCGGCUUAUUUGGUAACCACUGCUAAUAACUAAAAUGCUCUUAAGUAACUUGGAAUCAUGGACUCUGAAGUCUUUGUUUUCCAAGCUGUCCUCUCUCUAAAAUGCCCUUUAAUGAAUUAAUAGAGAAUAACAAUCUUGUUUUCCAUUCGUUAACUCUGGUGUCAUAUUGGGUUACUGCUGAAGGAAAGUUGGUCUGGCCUUUUAAAAAAACAAAUAUGUGAAUGAUCCAGUUAAGACCUAAAUUACCUAAGGACUCGUCUCGAUUAAAAUGCCAAGAAUAACUUGUCCUAAAGCCUUUCUCUCAUAGUAUAUUCUUAAUAGGGUUGUGCCAAUCUGUACAGUAUAGGUGGGUGAGGAGUGUUUUGUGUAUAUAUAUAUAUGUGUUUGUAUAUACACAUCUCAAAGCUUAUUUCCCUAUUAAAGUGUCUCUCUCUCCAGACCAUCAGUUCAACUCCAGAAGAAGUUAUACCUUUAUCUUGAGCUGUGUGUGGGUAGAAUUAAAUUCUUUUCUCAUAGUUAUUGUACAAAAAGUAAAGAACACCCUGAAGACUGCAUUCAUUGUCAUUGAGUAAUGAAGGCAUCUCUCUCCUCUUGAAAUCGUGCUGACCUCUUAGGCUACAGUAAACUGUGCCAAUUAAAAUUUAAAAACUGAACUAAAAGCCCUUUUAUGAUAUGACUAUUAAUUCACCAAGGGCUUUCGGGCUUCAGUGAUCCUGCAUCUAGAAAAGGGGAGGAGGCCCUUGGGGAGUACCCUGGGCAGCUGUGCCCCAGGGCUCACGUUCUCUGGAGCAGGGGUAGACACCUCUGAAAUUUCCACUCUAACGAUGGGAGCGAGACAGCAGCCGUGAGCCGGACCAAGAGAAGAGCAGGAAUGCGUGAAAAACAGCUGCUCUCCUUGGCCCAACUUUGUGAUUUAGCUCACUUUCUCUGCCUCCCCUCUAUCUUUCCUCUGCCACCAGAGCACGUCCUCAGAGGUAAUGUUCACCUCCCAGCCCCAAGUGGGCAGAUCAUGAUGGGGAAGAAACAUACAUACAGAAAGAACGUAAAGGUAUCAGACACUUACUUACUUAAGCUCUUUUCAAAUACCUGCAGCGUCAUCGUCAUCCCUAGCUUGUCCUCACACCAUCUGAGAGAGGCUAGGAUCCAGUGGUUCGCUACCUGGGCCCACGGUUCCAGCAGCUGGGUGUUGGGCUCAUUGAUUUUCCUCUGGGCAUGAUGGUCCUGCCACACAUCCUCAGAAUUUCCGGUGGGGAUGCCAAAAGAAGGCAUCUCCUGUGGCCAGUGGGUAUGUUAACUUUAUCAAAGAGGAAGAGAGGGUCUUUUAAAAUGCUUAUUUAUGGGCCCAAAGCAUACAUUAGACCUUUGAUAUUUUAAUUCAGCUUCAGUUCAUUAAAAACAACUACUAAUGAACGAUUUAAAAUAUUCUCAGAAAGGAUCCCUCCCCAAGAAGGAAUUAUUUACAACGGUUUUCCCUAGUUCUGUACAGUCCUGCCCUGUAGUGCAAGCCCCUUCUUUUAAAAUCUGAUGUCUGAGCUUUGAGUAUUAUGCUGAUUGUGGGUGAACAAAUGCAGUACUGUUUCCAAACUGCUCAAAUAUAUUCCGUAUUUCUCCAAGUCACCUGCCUAUUCAGCAUUGUGAACGGCCCUCACUCUUCCAGGACCAUGUGGAAAUCAUGCCACCGCUGUUACCCUCUUGUCAUCUAUGCUUAGUUCUGCAAAACGCCCAGUUUCCAAGUAAAUUAUAGGCACCUGUUGGAGAGAGAACAGUUUUUCCUUUCAAAAGGUGAUAUUUGAAAUGUACAUUAAUAAGACAACUUUACAUUUACAGCUUCACUUAAUGAGACAUUCUUUUUUUAUAAGUAUAUUUUUCUACUGAUAGUUUCAGAACACUAAUCUUAUUUUCACUCUGAUUUUUACCAUGUUUCUUUAAAUAUUUAUAAUGUAGCUUGUUACAAAAUAUUUUCAUGAAAUUACUUUUAUUAUACUGCUAUGUACACAUUUUUGGUAGCAAGCGUAGUUUAUGCUUUAGUACUAAAACAUGUUCUUUUACCUAACAGAAAACAAAUAUGGUUUGCUGUAUAUUUGUUAACAUGCCUGUAGUGGUAAGGAAUGGACUUGAGGUCCCAGGAGAUUUCAUUUUUAUUUUUGCUGGCCAGAUAUCAUAAAGGCUACGAGUAUGAAAAUCAUGUAACUUCCUAACCAGGUAUAGGGUAUGUUUAAGAAAAGUGAUAUCAAAUCCUUUGAUGCUGGACCCGAGGGGGAGAAAAAUUGUAGCUAAAUGUUGAUUUACUUAUAACUAGACAUCUAUGUGAGAAAAAUAUAAUAUAUGUAUACAUAUAUAUGAUAUGCAGAAGUCACUUUUAUUUAUCAGGCUUUAUUCUACUUGUAAAGCCACAGUUUAUUCGGCAGCAACUGGUUUUUGAUAAUGACAGACAAAUGCCCAGUGUGUGUUAUUUUUUCCAGCUACCACUAUAAUGACACACCUAAUCACUUACGUGCAUGCAACUCCUUGCCUUCAUAUCUAUGAAGCUAUUUAAAUAUGUUCACUCUACUUUGUCUGUAAUGCUGCUUCUGUUAACAGUGAUCUCUUCUUCCAUGCUUAUAUCUUCAUUAGCGCAUCGUAAAUCUGUCCAAUUGAGGCCUCAGGACCAUGGCAAGAUAUGCUAGACAGAAUUUCAUGACUCCAAAGUAUUUUACAGAAACACUUUUAUUUAACUAGAGAAACACUUUCUAUACCGGGUGGUUCACAAGCUAUAGGUUUUUUUCUAAAUAAGAAUCAGGUUUUUACAUUUCUUUACCUUAUUAUUAAAAUGAAAAGUGCCAUGCUUACCCUUUAAAGGAAAGACCUGAUUUGCUUUCUCUCUAUUGGGACUACUUCUGUGCUUUACUAAUCUUUCAACUAUCAGAAAAAAAAAUUAUACCAACAAUUUAGUAAUUUUGAGGCAUAAGUUAGUUAGUUUAGGUAGUGCAGGAUGUGCCAAACUUUCCCUUCAGAUUCCUUCUUCUCAGUCAGUUUGCACCUAAGAGAGUGUCAUCUGAGUGAUUGAUUACUCCGAAUUUUAACAGCUAUAUAGUCCCAAGAAGUAAAUCACAGUACAUGUCAGUCCUUUCUCAAUAAACAUAAUACCAGAGUGUGUUAGGACUUGUAUUGACCUUUUAUGGUAGAUCUGUUAAUAGGAAAAAAAAUACAUUGAAUCAAGUAGAAUUAUCUGUAUGUUAAAAUAGAACACUUACCUAGAGCUGGGUGGCCUGGAUCAUUCGUUGUCUAGCCAAUCCUGUGUCCCUGUGUUGUGUGACUUUGAACAAGGCACUCCAUCUCUCUGGGCCUCCAUUUCACCAUCUGUAAAACGGGGCUUGAAGUAGAUGAUGGCGGAGAGUCCCCCUGUUCCAUCCAGCAGCCUAUUACCCCUCUACUGGUCCUGCCAACAUGUUGGUGCUAUAUGCUGCUUCAAAUAUAGAAUUGGUUUGUCUAUUGUGUGUGCUCAUUUAAUAGCUUAUGAAAGGCCUUUUUGUUAUAUGGCUUUUUUUUCUAGUUUUAUGGACUUGAUUACUGUAAUAAUGUCUUGUUUAUAGCCAUGUAACUAUAAACAUACAUUCUCUUGAUGUCUCAGUAAAUUUGCAUUUGGUAUAUAGUUGAUGGAAUUGUUGUUUUAUAACAUUCUUUGACUACUCAUCUGUCCAGCAUCUUAUUAACCUAAACAUUGUGAUUAUUCUUUGGAAAUCUGUUCUGCAGAAAGAAUAAAAGCAUUUACUUGAUAGCUAACGUGUUCACAGAUUUGAAAGAAGUUUCAUUAAAGCACUGUUGCUCUCUUUACUGGA